AUGCCGUUUUCUAGAAAUUGGCGUUUCAUCCCCGUUUGCCAUUAUUGUUUUGAAAUGAUGAAAAAUUGCCUAGUACUCAUUUCGAUUGUUCUUUUAAGUGUCUGCUAUGCAGGCAGGGAUUUUUACAAAAUAUUGGGCGUUGAUAGAAAGGCCUCUAGUUCCGAAAUUAAAAAAGCAUAUAGAAAGUUGAGUCUGAAGAAUCAUCCUGAUAAGUGCAAAACCGAGGAGUGCAAAGUCGCUUAUGCAGAUAUUCAGGCCGCUUACGAUGCUCUUUCUGACGAGAAUAAGCGACGUACAUACGAUAGCAAAGGAGAAGAGGGUCUUCAGGAGAGAGAACAGCAAGGCAACCAGCAUGGCUUUAAUCCCUUUGAUAUCUUCGGUUUUGGUAAUGCUGGUGGUAAAAAGCGAAACCAGGACAUGCAGGCCACAGUUCCCGUAACCCUGGAAGAGCUUUACAACGGAGCUGAAAAGCUGUUCAAUAUCAACCGUGAAGAGCUCUGCGAACACUGCCAUGGAACCGGAGCGGAUGAUCCUGAUCAUGUCCACACCUGUCCCGCUUGCAAGGGUUCGGGUGUCGUUCUGCAGCGAAUCCAGCUGGCUCCCGGCUUUGUGCAGCAAGUUCAGCAGCCCUGCUCGAAAUGUGGCGGCAAGGGUAAGAUCUUCGAUAAAAUGUGCCACGUUUGCCACGGGCGGAAGCUCAUGACGAAGCCGCAUCAAAUCAGCGUGGAUAUCGAGCGUGGUAUGAAGGAUGGCGAACAGAUCGUGUUUGAGUACGAGGGCAACCAGCACCCGGAUUUGGAUCCUGGACACAUCAUCGUGGUGUUGCAGCAACGCAAACACCGCUUGUUCACCCGCGAUGGGAACGAUCUGAAGAUGAACUUCAAGAUCUCGCUGAAAGACGCGCUGCUGGGCUGGACGAACAGCGUCACGCAUUUGGACGGACACACGGUGAAGUUCGGCAAGGAGCGCGUGACGAAGCCUGGGGAGGUGCUGAAGAUCGAGGGAGAGGGAAUGCCGGUGCACAAUUUCCCCUCGCAGAAGGGAGAUUUGUACAUUACGAUCACGGUGGAGAUGCCGAAGACGAUCACGAAGGAGCAGCGCGAUGCGAUUUCCACGCUUUUCUAA